AUGCUUGGUAUUAAAGCAUCAAUGUCAUACACUGAAGAUUUAUUUUGUCCAGCUGAUGUUGAUAGUGAAUCUUUUUUUAAUUCAAAUUUUGAUAUAGACAAAUAUACAACAGCUGCAACGAAAGAUGAAAAAAGUGUUGCACAAUCGAAUAAUGAUUUAGCUAAAGCUUUUGAACAGGUCAAAUUACUUGCAAACACAAAAGGAUUCGUAAUAGCAGCUGAUAUCGAUGCAAUCGAAAAACAAUUUACUGGCAAAGAAUGA